CUUCAAUCUCUCUGCGAUUAACACAAAACACGUUAUCAUCAAAUCUCACAAACACUCAAAACAUUCAAGAUGCAGGCAGCUCUGUUCCUCGCCCCGCCCCUCCUUCCGGUGAUCCCAUCCAAGAACCUCUCCAAGCCUUUGGCUUUGCCUUCCAAGCUCUCUUCUUCAGUUUUGUCUCGAGUCUCCCCGGCGAAAGCUUCUCUAGCGGCCUAUGAAACUGCGACAGUCGAUUACAGCUCCUCGUUCUCAGUGUUCCCAGCAGAAGCCUGUGAAACCGUUGGUGGCGAAGCAUGCUUAGCAGACGCAUACCCUGAAGCCAAGCUCAAUCCCGUGGCCCGAAUCAGCACGGCAGCGCAGGCUGCGGAGGCCAUCGAGAGGGAAUAUCUUGAAUACACCGGUCCUAAAACGGUUUUCCCAGCAGAGGCUUGUGAUGAUCUCGGCGGCGAGUUCUGCGAACGUCCAUACCAGAGAGGUGUUUACUAGAAUCGAUCACGAGGGCCAAAAUCAGCAACAAAAGAGAGACUUCCUAGGCGUGGAUAUGUGUAUAGAUAGUUACCGUGAUGUAUGAAUGUAAAUAAUGUGCUAUAUCGUAAGGGCUUCUAUGGCGCGGCGGGGUUAUGGACAUUUCUUGUGGGUUGUUUCACCGGUUUCGUGGCCUGUAAACCUAGAGUUACUACGACUUAUUGGAUCGAUUUCACGGUCAUGGAAGGAAUAUUAGCGGGGCUUUUUGUCUUUUAAUUUUUGCCAUGUAAUUUAUUUGCUCUGUUAUAGUAUGUGGUGGCUUCCUUUGC